CAUUCUAUCAUGCGACAUAUUAAUUAUUUCGAGACAAAAAAAAUCCUCGGUACAAUUCCGUCUAGCAUCCUUUUGUACCGAUGAUGCUCUCCCCUGGACAAAGCUUCCACUUCUCGUAAAAAGAAGAGAAAAGUUUCCCAUGUAACAGGCCAAGCCCAACUAGACAAGCAAUCCCGAGAACAGCGUUUACCGGUGGUGAUAUUUUGAGUGAGAUUUCUAUAAGAAGUCACCCAUCGCCACUACAUUUGACAGACAAAACCCUUUCUUCAAUGGAUGCUGGCAGCACAAUCUACAAGCAAUCAGCCUCUCGUCUAACCGUGAUAACACACUUGUUUGGCAUCUUGGCUAUAAUUCUAAUGCUGGUUUGGUUAUUGCAUUAUCGCGGUGGCAUCGAGUAUCAUUCUGAUAAUCCUGAUCGUGUUUUCAAUGCUCAUCCGUUUUUUAUGUUCUGUGGACUCAUAUUUCUUGCUGGGGAAGCGAUGAUGACAUACAAAACAAUAUCAUCGGCAAUGAUUGUCCAGAAGUCUAUCCACAUGUUCCUGCAUCUGAUUGCCCUGUGCCUUGGUAUUGUUGGCAUAUGUGCUGUUUUCAGGUUCCAUGAUAUGAUCCAAGCAGAGGAUGUUUAUAGCUUGCAUUCAUGGGUUGGGUUGAGCACCUUCUGUUUAUUUUGCUUGCAGUGGGUGUUCGGCUUCUUUACAUUCAUGUUUCCAAAAGCUGGGAAACAAACAAGGGCAAGCAUGCUUCCAUGGCACGUAUGUGGGGGGAGAGCACUGUUAUACAUGGCAACAUGUGCAGCACUGACUGGGUUAAUUGAGAAAGCUACAUUCCUCGAGCUAAAGCAUCAUCGCGAGUCUCAUUUGAUUAACUUCACUGGACUCUUCAUCCUUCUCUUCGGCAUAUUCGUUGACCUCUCGGUUGCUCUUGCCCGUUAUGUGUGAUGAUUCUAUACUACCUUCCAUAUUUUGUAUCUUGAUGUAUUGGGUAGUUGUUUUCAUUUCAUACAAGUUGGGUAGAAUUGCUUAAGAUCUGAUAGAAAUAUAGUUCGAAAAAAGAUAAAAAAUAGUAAUAAAAACACCAUAUUCUAUA